UUUGUGUCCGAUUUUGAUCGUAUGUUGGAAAGGACACGAGAAGAGAAAGCUAGACAACGUAGAAAGAGAAAGGACUGUGACCUCAUUAACGACAAUGAUGACCUAGUUUUUGAUAUGAUUAAAAAUAUGAAGAUCGCUGCUGAGGAAGACCGAGGACUGAACAACAAACGUCAAGCAGCUACCAAAAAAAUUAAAAUCCUCCCCUUCAUAUUAUCUCAGUUGAAAAAAUCAGACUUACAUACUGCGUUCUUAGAUGCUGGAAUAUUGUCUGCUAUAACAGAAUGGCUGGCUCCACUACCAGAUAAAAGUUUACCCCAUCUCAUGAUACGAGAAAGUUUAUUAAAUAUUUUAUCACAGUUCCCUCCCAGUAAUCCUGAAAGUCUCAAAUCCAGUGGAAUCGGUAAAGCUGUCAUGUACCUCUACAAACAUCCAAAAGAAACACGGAAAAAUCGAGAGUUGGCUGGAAAAAUUAUAAAUGAAUGGUCCCGUCCUAUUUUUAAUCUCACCUGCAAUUUUAAAAACUUAACCAAAGAAGAGCGAGCACAGAGAGAUUACGAAUUACUUCCAAAGAAACAAAGACUCAGACCUUUAAAUGUCAUGUCGUAUAUUUUCAGUGCUGUGAGACCUGGUGAUCCAGGCUUUAUCAUGAGAGCACGAGUUCCAGCACCUUCAAACAAAGACUACGUCAACCGACCACAUAAUGAAAUGGAAUAUGUACCAUCUAAGUCAUCCAAAAAGAAGGUCAACAAAUAUGAAAAACACAAGAGAGCCUUCGCAGAUCGUAAAAAACAUUCCAAAACUCAGAAAGCUGUUGGUAUUAGUAUAGAGGGAAGAAAUAUGUCCUUAUAA